CUCGAACACGCAACCAAAGCGGAAGCCCACACCUCCCUUCCUCUCUCUCUCUCUCUAUAUAUAUCUCAAACCUCGCUUCACUCUGUCCACAACUACCUCCUUCAAGAACUCAAACCUCGAACCCUAAGCUUUCUCUCGGGUUCAGUUUUUAUUUCUCUUUGUUCCGCGAAACCCUAGGGUCAUUUUUUAGAUCUAUCUCCAUCUCUCCUUUCCGAUCCAAACUUUUGUUCGUAAUUCGUAUUCGAUUAGCGAUUAAGGAUGGUUUCCGACGCUAGCAAGAAGAAGGCUGCACAGAAGAAGGCCGCCGCCGCCGCUAAAAGAGGUGGAAAGGCCGCCGCCGCUGCCGUCGUCGCUGCUGCAUCUUCCAAAGCUGCCGAUAAGGCCGCCAACGGAAUCGCCGAUAUGCAUAUAUCGGAUCGGACCUGUACCGGAGUUCUCUGUUCACAUCCUCUUUCCAGAGAUAUUCGAAUAGAGUCUUUAUCUGUUACAUUCCAUGGACAUGAUCUCAUUGUUGAUUCUGAACUGGAGCUUAAUUAUGGAAGGCGUUAUGGUUUACUUGGAUUAAAUGGUUGUGGAAAAUCUACACUGCUUACAGCCAUUGGUCAGCGGGAACUUCCAAUUCCUGAACAUAUGGAUAUCUAUCACCUUACCCGGGAGAUUGAAGCCUCUGACAUGUCUGCAUUGGAAGCUGUCAUAAGCUGUGAUGAGGAAAGGUUGAAAUUGGAGAAAGAAGCUGAAAUUUUGGCUGCACAGGAUGAUGGAGGUGGUGAGUCCCUGGAACGUGUUUAUGAGCGAUUGGAUGCCUUAGACGCAGCAACUGCAGAAAAACGUGCUGCGGAAAUCUUAUAUGGUCUUGGCUUUGACAAGCAAAUGCAGGCAAAAAAGACACGUGAUUUUUCUGGUGGUUGGAGAAUGAGAAUUGCAUUAGCUCGAGCUCUAUUUAUGAACCCAACCAUUCUUCUACUCGAUGAACCAACCAAUCACCUUGAUUUGGAAGCUUGUGUGUGGCUGGAGGAGAGUUUGAAGAAGUUUGAACGUAUUCUUGUUGUGAUUUCACACUCUCAGGACUUUCUUAAUGGUGUCUGCACAAAUAUUAUCCACAUGCAAAGCAAAAAACUGAAGCUCUAUACUGGUAACUAUGAUCAAUAUGUUCAGACUCGUUCUGAGCUAGAAGAGAACCAGAUGAAACAGUAUAAGUGGGAGCAGGAGCAGAUUGCCUCAAUGAAGGAAUAUAUUGCUCGAUUUGGUCAUGGUUCUGCAAAACUUGCUCGCCAGGCACAGAGUAAGGAGAAAACAUUGGCAAAAAUGGAACGUGGUGGACUUGCAGAAAAGGUGGUUAGGGACAAGGUUUUGGUUUUCCGUUUUACUGAUGUUGGAAAACUUCCCCCUCCUGUUCUCCAGUUUGUUGAGGUGUCGUUUGGUUACACUCCUGAUAACCUUAUAUACAAGAACAUUGACUUUGGGGUUGAUUUAGAUUCUAGGGUCGCACUGGUUGGACCCAAUGGGGCUGGGAAGAGUACACUACUGAAGCUAAUGACAGGUGAUUUGAUGCCUUCUGAUGGCAUGGUUCGGCGUCAUAAUCAUCUUCGGAUUGCUCAAUAUCACCAGCAUUUGGCUGAAAAGCUAGACUUGGAUAUGUCAGCUCUACAGUUUAUGAUUAAAGAAUAUCCUGGAAACGAGGAAGAGAAGAUGAGGGCAGCGAUAGGGAAGUUUGGUCUAUCAGGUAAAGCCCAGGUGAUGCCAAUGAAGAACUUGUCGGAUGGGCAGAGGAGUCGGGUGAUAUUUGCUUGGUUAGCUUGGAGGCAGCCACAAAUGCUUCUUUUGGAUGAACCAACUAAUCAUUUGGAUAUUGAGACAAUUGAUUCUUUGGCUGAGGCAUUGAAUGAAUGGGACGGUGGCUUGGUGCUUGUCAGCCAUGAUUUCAGGCUCAUAAAUCAGGUGGCCCAUGAGAUAUGGGUAUGUGCUAAUCAAAGUGUGACUAGAUGGGAGGGUGGCAUCAUGGAAUUCAAGGCGCAUUUAAAGGCCAAGGCGGGUUUAUCUGACUAAAGAAGGUAAGGUAGUGGGGAUUUUUCAUUGCCCGAGUAUUUCUCACUCGUUGUUCAUGAGUGGGUGGUACCGUUUGAGUUGGAUUUCCCUCAACUUGGACGAUUUCCAUUGGCAUAAUCGGUAUAUGGUAUAGAAAGUGGUUAUGAUUUUUCUUCUAGCCGAGAUGCCGAGGUUUGGACUGGUAAUAUUUUUUUUUCUUAUCUACUAUUACUAUUUGUUGUGCUUAUCAUUUAUUUGCUUGGUUGUUAACCAGCAUGGAUAAAUGGGAUAUCACCUUGAGGUAGACAGUCCCUAUCUGAAUAUCUACGAUUAAGAGGCUUAUUCUAGAAAUGAACUAUUUGUACCCAGAGUGUUAUAUUUUUGGUAUUAUAAUUACUGUUAGUUCACUAUUUCA